GUUAGCGUUUAAUACAUUUUUUUUUAUAAAAAAAGAGAUUUACUUAAUAUUAAACAGCUCCAUCUUCACAUGGAUAAAGAAAAGGAUAAUCCAACACAACUAACGAAUGAAAAUGAAUGUGAUAAGGAUAAACUACCAUGGAUAAUACAAAAGUGGCUUGGUUUAAUGCAAAUCAUCAGUUCCACAUUUUUGGGAGGCCCACGAUUUCUUAAAACAGCUCAUAUCGUGAAUUUUCAGAAGGGAAGUACUCUAUUGGUGUGUCUGUGUAUGAUGCGUUUUACAGGAAACUACUCGAACACUGCCACAACGUACACGGCCUUGCAUGGGGCGUAUGGGCUUUCCUGGCUUCUGAAAGAGAUGGUUUUCCCUGAUAUCCAAUGGCAGACACGUAUUACCAUUGGUGGCGCAGUCAAUGUCAUUUUAUUAGUGUUGGGUCCUUAUUGGGCAAUCGCUUACAAUGCUAUUGUUAUGAAAUCUGACCGAUCUAACCUCUCUCUCUGUGCUUCGAUCAUCGUGUUUACUAUUGGAUUAUGUUUAAUGCUUGGUUCGGAUUGCCAAAAGCACUUUACUCUUAAGUGCAAGAGAGGACUCAUUACCAAUGGAUUCUUUUCUCGGGUUAGGCAUCCAAAUUAUCUUGGCGAAAUGAUUAUUUACGGAUCCUUCGCGUUUAUAUCAGGAAGCAAUAUUUCAUGGCUUAUCCUUGGAUGGGUUUGGACAGGUGUGUUUCUACCAUUUAUGCUUAAUAAAGAGGCUAGCUUGAGCCGAUAUUCUGGAUGGAAAAUUUAUAAGGAACGAACAGGUUUUAUAAUUCCGCGUUUGUUUGAUAUUUAGGGAAAAAUAAGUUCAUAACAUUAAUUAAUAUAUUCACUAGUGUUAUUUUAGUCUUAUUGGAGUAUUAAGUACAGAA